UGUACCCUGGGCGGGGCGGGGCGGGGCCUGAGCUGCUUAAAGCUGAGCCCAACUUCUGCACUGAUUGCUGCGCCGGGACUGCACCAAGUGCAACAGAAGUGGGAAGAAGAUGGGUCUUUCCAUGGGUGAAGCCCGAGGAGAUUCAGCUGCCCCAUCCAACCAUCUCUUACUCAGUGGAGAUGCUGAUAAGGCAGAGAAAGCCCAGGCCCUGGUGUCUGAGAACAACCUCUGCAGGCAGUACGAGGAGAAGGUGCGGCCCUGCAUUGACCUCAUCGACUCGCUGCGGGCCCUGGGCGUGGAGCAGGACCUGGCUCUGCCUGCCAUUGCUGUCAUCGGGGACCAGAGCUCGGGCAAGAGCUCCGUGCUGGAGGCCCUGUCAGGAGUCGCCCUCCCCAGAGGCAGCGGCAUUGUCACCAGGUGCCCCCUGGUGCUGAAACUGAAGAGGCUGAAGCCGGAAGAGGAGUGGAAAGGCAAGGUCAGCUACAUGGGCAUUGAGGAGGACAUCACGGAUGCUUCCCAGGUGGAAGAGGAAAUCAGGAAAGCCCAGAACUUCAUUGCUGGGGAUGGGCUGGGAAUCAAGGACGAGCUCAUUAGUCUGGAGAUCAGCUCCCCCACUGUCCCGGAUCUCACUCUCAUCGACCUUCCUGGGAUCACCAGGGUGCCUGUGGGCAAUCAGCCCGCUGACAUCGGUCGCCAGAUCAAGCGGCUCAUCAGAAAUUACAUCCAAAAGGAUGAGACCAUCAAUUUGGUGGUGGUCCCCAGUAACGUGGACAUUGCCACCACGGAGGCGCUGAGCAUGGCGAAUGAGGUGGAUCCCGAUGGAGACAGGACCAUAGGCAUCUUGACAAAGCCUGAUCUAGUGGACAGAGGCACUGAAGACAAGGUUGUGGAUGUGGUGCAAAACCUGGUGUGCCACCUGAAGAAGGGCUACAUGAUCGUCAAGUGCCGUGGCCAGCAGGACAUCCAGGAGCGCCUGAGCCUGACCGAUGCCCUCCAGAGGGAAAAGGCCUUCUUUGAGGACCACCCACAGUUCAGGGUGUUGCUGAAGGACAGAAAGGCCACGGUCCCCUGCCUGGCAGAGAGACUGUCCGAAGAGCUCAUCGCACACAUCUGUAAAUCUCUGCCUCUGCUGGAAAGUCAAAUAAAGGACCUUCACCAGAGAACAACAGAGGAGUUACAGAAGUAUGGCAUGGACAUCCCAGAAGAUGACAGUGAGAAAACAUUCUUCCUGAUUGAGAAAAUCAAUGCAUUUAAUCAGGACAUCAGUGCUAUAAUCGAGGGGGAGGAAAAUGUAGGCAUGGACGGCACCCGGCUGUUUGCCAGACUCCGACAACAAUUCCAGUCGUGGAGUUCCAUGAUUGAGAAGCAUUUUGCAAAAGGUUAUGAUGGUUUACAAACUGAAAUCUGGAAAUUUGAAAACCAGCAUCGUGGCAGAGAGCUGCCCGGGUUUGUGAACUACAGGACGUUUGAGAAGAUCAUCAAAAGGCAACUCCGGGCCCUGGAGGAGCCAGCUGUGGACAUGCUGCACCAGGUCACCGAUAUGGUCCGGAAGGCCUUCACAGAUGUGUCCGAAAAAAACUUCACUGAGUUUUUUAACCUCUACAGAACCACCAAGAACAAAAUUGAAGAUAUUAGAUCAAGCCAGGAAGAAGCAGCAGAGAAGGCGAUCCGCAUUCACUUCCAGAUGGAGCAGAUCGUCUACUGCCAGGACCAGGCUUACCGAGGCGCGCUGCAGAAGAUCAGGGAGGAGGAGGCCAAGGAGGAGGGGAAGAGCAAGAUCUCUCAGUCUUCAAGGAACACGGCUAUGGCCGAAAUCCUCCAGCACCUGAACGCCUACUGCCAGGAGGUUCACAGCCGCAUGUCCACCCACAUCCCCUUGAUUGUCCAGUACUACGUCCUGCAGAUGUUCGGCCAGCGGCUGCGGAACGGCAUGCUGCAGCUGCUGCAGGACAAGGAGGGUUGCACCUGGCUCCUGAAGGAGCGGAGCGACACCAGCGAGAAGAGGAAGUUCCUGAAGGAGCGACUGGCACGGCUGGGCCAGGCCCGGCGCCAGCUCGCCAAGUUCCCCGGUUAACCUGGCUCCCAAGCCUCAGGAUAGGAGGCCCUGGGCCUCUUCUGAAGGCCAUGCCAGGAUGAUGUAGCCACUUAGCAGAUGGUCAGUAGUCAGAGGUAGAGAUCUGUGCUUUUUAUCCAGUAGCACAUGGGGACCAAGAGGAGAGUAGUUUGAUUGCCAGCCAUAAGAGGACAGUCCCACCUCAAAGCACAAGCUGCAGACUGGAGGGAAGAUGCCACCAUCCUGAAGGAGACAAGGACAUCACUGUAGGACCCCACCUCCCCCACCCACCCUUUAUGUGCCAGGAGAUGGCCCCCAGGCUCAGCGCCUGGAAAGGUUUCUUCCUGGUCUCUCUGCAGCCUCCUCUGGAACCAGGCUUGUAGGAGCGGCCUGGUGCUUGCAGAAGCUGGGCCUCCUAUGUUUGAAUAAAUGUGUGACCCUUGUCUGCCAA